AUGUCCAUCACCCAACCCGACCUCGCCUCCCUCAAGCUCAUCACGCAAACCCUCCCCUUCCUGCAUCUCUCUCCAACCGGUGCCCUAUUCUUCCCCCUCCCAGCUCCUCACUCCCAUGUCAUCCUCAGCGGUCCUGACCCCGCCGACGGGGCAGAAAUCGUGCAAGCGUUCAACGACCCGUUGAUAUACCGUUGGACUAUUAGUCCGCCCUUUCCUUACCUGCUGGCGCAUGCGGAGGAUAUGCUACGUCGGAAUGUACAUACGUACGAGGAGAGCGUGUCGCGCAUGAGCGAGCUCGUUCAAAAGUGGGAGGGGAUGAAGCUUGCUGCUACACCUUUGCGGUUCAUCCGGGAGGUGCAGAGGGAUGGGAGCUGGAAGUUUAUAGGUGAUGUAGGGCUUGUGCGAUGUAGCUUUUCGGAGGUGUUUCCGCUUGAGGAGCGGGAUAGACUUGUGCGAGAGAAUAAUGCACGAGAGGCGGGGGAUGAGGGGAUCGUAUGGAUGAUCGGAGACUACUUGAUAUCGUCACAUCACGGUCGAGGGAUCAUGACCGCUGCGAUCCGCACGCUCCUCCAAACAUGGGCCAGACCCCUCAUGAGCUGCCGAACGGUCCGUGCGUACGUCUUGACGGGGAACGAGGGGAGCAAGAGGGUGUUCGAGAAGCUUGGGUUUGAGCUUAAGGAGACGAUGGAGGGUGGAGUGCCGAUGCAGGGUAAGAGGGAGGAGGUGGUGGGUAUGUGGGUUAUGGAGUGGAGAUACGGGAGCUAAGGAUAGCACUGGAUAUCAGUCUCUCCAUUAUGAUACCUUGCAUAGGAUCAUCUCAU